CUGAAAGCUCAGCUUUAGAGACUGCCAAAGUGGUCUUCACAAUGCCAUCAGAGAGAGCUUUCUGGCUUCUCUGCCUGCUCAUUGCAUCAUCCUCAGAAACCCCAGUGACAGAGAGAAAAGAUUCACUCUCAUAUCCAAUAGAGAAGACUUGGGCUCAAGGCUCACUGGGAGCCCACACUCCUGGAACCUGGAGGGACAAGUGGAGGAAGACCAGACCCCGGCCUCGGAUGGAGAACAGCACUGGUGCUCGAAAGGACAUAACCUUGGAACUGAGAAGCCCGUGGCCACCUCGUAUGGCAGUUGCGCCACUGGACAAUAGCGUCAACAAGCGGCGCCAGUCCCGGCGGGUGACUUGGCCCAUGCUCUUGUACCCACGGGCUCAAGGGCCACCCUUCUCUGGUCCUGGGCCUGCGUGGGUGGAGGACCAGUGCCCACCCGUUGAGGGGCACCUCAACUCUCCUGGACGAACCAGUCCUGACCAGGAGGGAGCACCCCUGAGCAACCGAUCAAAAGCUUCCUGGCUCAGCCAUCAGCAGGCCCGCCUUCGCCCGCCCAGCAGAGGUAUUGGACACAUGGAGAAAAUCUGUGAGACUGACUGCAAAUGGGAUAUGGAUGAAAAGGAAUUCUAUUGCAUGAGUGAAUUUGCAGUGAAUGGAAUCGUUCAUGAUGUAGAAGUAAUUGGUGAAGGCAUCCGGCUGGUCUCUCUGCUGGUCAAUAGUCAUGGGCUGUACAAGACAAACCGCCUGUAUGUCACCCCAGAUGGCUUCUUCUUCAGAAUACAUGUGCUUGUAUUGGAUUCCUCCAGCUGCAAUAAACCAUAUGCAGAUUUUAAAUUUGGUAGCAGGUAUAUCGUAAUGGGUCACAUCUACCACAAGAGAAGGCAGCUCUCCACAGCUUUGCUGCAGGUGUUACAAGGGCGUCUAAGACCUGGAGAUGGAUUGCUCAGGAGCAGUAGCAGUUAUGUGAAAAGAUUUAACCGCAAAAGGGAGGAGAAAAUCCAAAGGGCAGCUCAUACCAAGUGUAUCUGAAUCCCCUUUCAGAGCUUUUCAGAGGUCUAGCCCUGUUAGGAGUCAUUGACUUGAAGGACAUCCGCCUUCAUGUAGCCUGGCCUUUCAGGCUAGGUCCACAAUGCUUCCUUGGAACUCUUUGAGCUCAGCUCUUACAAGUCAAUAGAGGGUUCCUUUCAGCACUGCUAAUGUUAAGGAUGUUGUCAUUUCUGAAUAUAUUAAAUGUCUCUAAAUUUUUUUAAGUUCGGUUGCAGAUAUAGUACAAGGCAGUGGUCCACAGAUUUGUGAUUAUUGGUCUCCUCAGUCAUGGGUUACUGUUUUGUACUCACUUUAUUUUUAAGGCUUAAUUUUUUUUUAUUUUGUGUUCUGCUGCUUUAAAUUGAACAUUAUGAUUGUCUAGGAAAAAACAAUUCACAGAAAAUAUUUUCUUUUUAUUGAAUUCUCAAAGUUUAGCUCUUUUUCUGACAUAACUUAUCUAAAUCAUUUAAACUUAUCAAAUUUUUUAUCCAAAACAUCACUUAAAAAUACAUUUUUGGGGGGAUUGGGACUCACCUCUAUGUUUUCAUCUGUAUGAGAAAUUCCUAGUGUGGAAAAACUUCUAGCAGUCUUGAUUUAUAGGCAGUUCUAUAGUUCUAAAGAGUUUUCUGGGGCAUUGAGAGAUUAAUUACUUACUCUUGAUUACAAAGACAGUAUUUUCAAAAGCAGGACCAAAUCUUAGUUUUUUUCUAACUCCAAGGCUGAUCUAACCAUUCUACCAAUCUGCUUCUCUAAUAAUAAAUAUACUUAUGUGAAGAAAUAUAACUAUGAAUUUUUUUUGAUAUUUUAUAGAUCCCAAAAUCAAGCAAUCAAGUAUUUCUUAAUAACCAGCCAUGUGCCGGGAAAUAUCCUAGGUUCUGGGGAUAGAAAUACAAAGAAAUUGGUGCUCAGGAUAAGUAUUUAAAUUUUACCCUUUUUCCCCCUUGAGAUUACUGAAGGAUUUACUUAAAACGAAAUUUUAUCUACCUGAACAUUUCUGAUAAGACAAACAUACCGGAUUUAUUUUCAUACUUGGCUACUUUUGAUAAUUUAUAUCUGUGCUAAAUGGAUUUUCCAAAAGUGGUAAAAAAUUAAUUCUGAGUGUAUUAAAUGUAAUUAAAGAAAUUUAA